AUGGCCAAUAGCACUGCGCCUCGUGAGAUUCUUAAUAUUUUGAAGCAAAAAGACCCGUCAAACACUACGGGAAUCAAGAGCGUUUAUAACACCAUUUUUACAAACAAAGCAGCCAAACUGGACGGUCUAACUCCUAUUCAGGCAGAGUCUGCACAUGCGAGGCUAAAGGCAUAUUUGGGGGAUACCAUGUCAUCGCUACAAACAUUUUUUGAUAAAAUAGAAAAGAUGUUGAAAAAUCAGUUCGGGGAAAUUAAGAAGUCGUUCGAGAAAUCAUUGAACAUUCCACGCCACAAACAAUUACGUGACGACAUUUUUGAUCAGGUAAAGUGUCGAAUUUCAUUAGAGGCAAUGGAGUUCAUACAUGAUCAGCUAGAAACCGCUUUAGAAGUAUCCCCCCACAUUGUUGGCUAUUGCAACUAUACGAUAAAAAUCACACACGGAUUGCCAUGCAUGCACGAUCUUGCAUAUUAUCGUUCCAUUUCCACUCCAAUUCCGCUAUGGAGUAUCCAUGCUCAUUGGACUAGGUUGUCUAUGCACACAACCGAGUUUAAUGAGGAAGGAGCACGAUCUGACAGGACAUCUCAAGUCGUUGAGAUAUUUGAUGGGAUGGAUCCACCUAUGCGAGAGCAUAUCAUAGACAGGAUUAUCGAUAUGGCAGAUCCAUCUCGUAGCACAGUUCGACCUCCAUCGUACAACACAGAACAUAGAGGUCGACCUACAGCAUCCACUUCAAGAUCAAGGACUGCAACAUCGCGAGUGAGAGGGAGAGGGAGACGUGGGAGGGGUUCGGGGGUUCGCAACACUCAAUUUAUAGUUCCAUCCAUCACUGAUCGCUACAUUCAACGAUUACCUCAGGCUUAUCAGCAUUAUAUUUUCCACACUGUUGACGUGCUUGGUAAUGGUCAUUGUGGAUUUAGGGCGAUAGCUGCACUAAUCGAGUAUAGUGAAAAUGAUUGGAGUCGAGUACGAGAGGAGCUUAUUGAAGAAAUUCGACAAAAUUAUUAUCUAUACAGUGUGAUUUAUCCAGUACAUGAUUGGGCAAAUCGUCUACUAAUUUUACUAAAUUGGUUCGAGCCUACAGCACCAGAGAAUCAUUGGAUGGAGGCUAUGACUUUGGGAGUUGUCAUCGCAACAAGGUACAACCUAGUACUGCAUACAUUUGAUGAGGAUGUUUACGGUUGUUUUACUCAUUUGCCAUUGAGGUCCCCUCCAGUUCCAGUCGAAUACCGCCGGAAAAUUUCUAUUGCCCGUGUUAACAACAAUCACUUCGUGCAAAUUGUCUUAGAACCUCAUUACCCUGUACCACCCAUCCCAACAUGGUGGGAGGAGAAUUCAUCGGAUGAAGCUAAAGGAUGGGCUGCCAGUUAUGAAACACGUUUGCUAUUGUGGUACGAAGUAAUGGGCAUAAGCACGCCGGGAGCAGCAUUUGGAGGAGAUAUUGAUUAA